CGUCCUCACCCAAAAAAAAAAAUACAACAGUAGUCGAAUUAUAUUUUUCGCUUGACUAAAUCUGAUUAGGUCUUAAUCUCAACGAGAGAGAUAAAUGUGAGCCCUUGAAUAUCUGAUCCAAAAAAAAAAAAAAACAGAGAACAUCCUAAAAUAAAUAAAAAAAACACAUGGAUCAUGACAGUGUCCUUUGAAUUGAAAAAAAAAGAGGAAAAAUUCCAAAAGCAAGCUAACCCAAAAGAAGAAGGAGAAUGGAUCUAGAAUCGGUAAAGCGUUAUCUGGAAGGAGAUGGAGAAGAAGAGAGCAAGGCAAAGGAAUCAAAAGUGGCGAAUUUGCCACACAGGUUCCUCGAGAGAUUCGUAACGAAUGGUCUCAAAGUGGAUCUCAUCGAGCCUGGCCGUCUCGUCUGCUCCAUGAAAAUCCCUUCUCAUCUCCUCAACGCAGGGAAUUUCUUACACGGGGGAGCAACGGCGACUCUGGUGGAUUUGAUUGGAUCGGCUGUCAUUUACACAGCCGGUGUUUCACAUUCCGGUGUUUCUGUCGAGAUCAAUGUCUCUUACCUUGAUGCUGCUUUCCUUCAUGAAGAGAUAGAGAUAGAAUCAAAGGCGUUGCGUGUGGGUAAAGCUGUUGCAGUUACUAGCGUUGAGCUCAGGAAGAAGAAGAAUGGUAAGAUCAUUGCUCAAGGUCGCCAUACCAAGUACUUUGCUCCUCGUUCCAACCUCUGAUCAAUAUCACUCUGAACAAUUUGCCUUAUCAUAAUCUUUUAUUAUAUUAUUCUUCUGGUUGUUUUUAGUCUAAGAGAUCACUCAUAUGGUUUCACUCACUCCAGUGAUUUAGCCCUAUAUAGAUAGGAAUAAAACUAUCUUUUAUGAUCUCUCUUUUCUUUUCUUUUUUUUAAUAAUAAUAAUACAAUAGUAUGUUGAACUACUAGUUUACAUAGACUUGUCUGAAUAUUUAUGUUUACGUCUU